AUGGUUCGAGCAACCAUACUUUAUCUGUUUACCAGCGAUCAGGCAGUGAAGCAAAUAAUCAAGGAGCUUGACAGCCAGCUUCAUUUUAUUAUUGAAGAUCUUGAUGAUACCCAUUUAUUUAUUGAAGCAGCCAAAGUAGAGCUGGUUCAAGAUCGCCUUGAAGAUAUUCUAGAGGUAUUUUCAUCUGAAGCCCAAAAUUGA